UAUGCGCAGGGGAUAGUUGCUCUAUUUCCAUAUCUGGAGGACCCAUAUUCACAGCAUGGAUAUGAACAUUACUACGACCCAGAGAGUGGGUCCGGAUACCUUGCAUGGCGGUUGAAAACCAUCCAACGAAAAAGUGCAGAGGAAAGAGGUGUGUCUGUGAGCAAAUCUCCCAAAAUUGGUGGGCCAAGCCGUGUUCAACCCAGACCCUUCACUGCUGAUAAAGUGUUAUCUGAUGAGGAUGUGGAAGCAGCUAUUGCCGUUUUGAGACACUCUGCUGAUGAAGACACCAUCCGUGACAAGAUGAAAGCUACCUUCAUUUAUCGUCAGUCAAUGGUCAGCAAUGAGAAGAGAGCAGGGGAUGUGUUCUCAGUCUUCCCGAGAUUUCUAGACACACCUGGACUGAUAGAACAAGAUUUCAGACUGCUGUUUGGGGAGGCCACAGCCAACAAAUUCCUGGAAAAGUGGGCCACUAAUCUGAAAACAAAAGUGAAAACAGAAAGCCAUGGACUGGUACCGACCAGAGAGGUCUUGGAUUUAACGCGCAAUGCUGAGUCAACUGCUGAAAUUGAGAAUGGCUGGGACAGUGACAUGUCUGCUAUAUUGCUGCUCCUCCAUCUCCUACCACCAUCUGCACAGGGAAGGAAGAGGCCGGGGAAGGUGUCGGCAUGUCAGGCUGUGGAACACCUCAUCAGAUUCAUAAAAGCUGGAACCAGUGUACAGCAGCACCUGGAUAACAUCAGCCAAAGCAGCCAGCCCUACCUCCUCGCUCAGGGUCCUGCAAGAAGCAGCAUUCACACCUUCUUUAUUGUGAUUGACAAGUAUGCGCUUCCAUGUAAGGCAACAGGUUCAGUGGGAGCCCUAGACGAACUCUUUAAGGCCCAUUACGUCUUUGGUACCUCUUACAGCUCUUCCUUGGCCAACUUUUUCACUUUUCUCCAAACAACCAUUUACAACAUUGAUGUUGGGGAAACAAAGGAAACUCCCAGAGUUGCAGAGCUGCGGGCAAGAAUGGUGCGUUAGUGUCAACUAAUGAAGUGUUUUCUUUGCAAAAGUGACCAUGGGAGGCCAAACAGCCUUAUAAAGCACCUUAAGGUA